AUGGAUCAAGCUCCGGAGGUAAUUCGGGUCAAAAGGCGGCGAGAUGAGGACUCUAUGCAGGCUUUGCUGCUAGAAGAAUCGCGAUUGAACAAGAAGGGCAAGUAUGUAUUCAAACUUGCUCGGACCGUUGAAUUACAGGGAUCCAACGAGGAGACGCCUUUAUUGAAGUUGGCUGCGAGUGAGCGCAAUGUGUACGUCCUAGAGCAACAGAAGCAGACCCAGAAAUGUCUGCCGGAGGAGAUCUCGGAGAUGUUGGAGGAGUACCUGCGGUUGGAGACGAAAGCUACUGCCUCCGAGCACAAGCGGCCGAGCAAACGGCGCGCUUCGCAGCUUCCCGUCGCACAGCUUCCAAGUAUGGAGUUCGUCUAUGAUAUUUACAUCCGCGAGAACCUGCCAGAAGAUGAAUUCGUGUGGGACAAGAAUACUGUGGGGUAUAUUCGUAUCGUGGAAGACAAUGGCGCCCUUGUGCCGGAGCAGGACGCCUCUGCAGACACACAACAACUCUCUGACGACGAGGAUUCAAACGAGGAGGACUACUAUCGCAACGAUUACCCCGAGGAUGAGGACGACGACCGCUCUAUUCUCUUUGGGAGCGAUCUGGAGCAAGAAGCCCCUAUGGCGAAUCCCCUGCAGUCCCCUGUAAGCGAAAUUGCCGAGCUUAUCACAGAGGCAGGCUCAGAGGAUAUCUACGAUCCACUGUUCGAGAGUCUGGGGGCCGAACCCAAUCUUCUGAGCUCACUGAAUAGCAACAACUACGUUGAUCUGGAUGUCGACGCGCUAUCGUCCGCUAGUGAUCGCGAAGAUGCUUCCAAUGGCCGCACCUUCGGUACAGAUAACGAUGACCUCCAUACAGAUUCUUCCUUCGAGCGCCACAAUCUUUUUCCAGGUGAAGAAGACGAUCCAAUGGCCAUUCACAGAGACAAGGUUCUCGGGAAGUUACAACGGAUACUGAACGGCGCUAACGGUCGAGUGUGA